AUGAUGACAAACGUGUCUCAUUCUGAACUGCUUCCUGGAACUCGGAUAUUCUCAUCUAUUAGCAAUCUGUUUGGGCGCGAGGCGCUCCGAUCGGCUCGUCGUUGGGAAACAUUUGCCCUUCGAGAGUCAUCUACUUAUGCGCAGAUUCGAUUCAUGCACAGACCUCCGGUUAAUACAGAGUUGGCGAGACGCAAAGAACUUAAGCACGGCAGAGAUAUGAUCCGAGUGAUCCUUCAAGACUGUCACGCGAGGCUUCGCAAGUUACGUCAGAGGAUCGACGAAGAGAAGACAAAGUGCUUUGGAUUCAUGGGCGAGAAUGACCACGUAAGGCACUUAAAGAACUCAGAGCCGACAAUGAUCUGCGUUAUCGUGCCGGCGGACAAGGAGCGGUCCACUGUCGUAUUGGACAGGACAGACUACAUUCGUAAAGCUCACAUUUUGUUAGACGAUCGUCAGUCCUACGUCCCGUGCAAAUCCAACCCCAUGAAGACGCUGACACGCGAGAUCAACACAACGCUGUUGGCGAUGGAGAACUCAGGUGCAAUAUUGCCAAUCGACCGACGCAUGGCGAGAGCGCAAAAAGGGCCCUGGCCCGCUUCUAUGGUCUCCCCAAGGUGCAUAAAGAGGCCUACCCCUCCGGCCAAUCAUAUCUCUCAAAGGAACUCCAACCUACGGAUUGGCAAAGUUGCUGUUCCGACGGCUCAAACUCUCUACCGCUGA